AUUAAAUUACUAAUCUGUGUGUGUGUGUGUGUGUCUUGUUUGUUCCGGUACAAUGGGCUAUCAUUCGUCUACCUCAUCUACCUCCUCCUCAUCCCCCUCUUCUCUGAGCCCACCAGCACAACCAUGCAGGGCCACACGGGGCGCCUGCUCAUGUCCCUGUGCUUCAGCAGUCUCAGCUUCCUGCUCUUCCACAUCAUCUAUCAGAUCACUGUCAACAGUCUACUGGCCAGGAACAGCAUAGACCCCGCCUUCAACUGUUCCACGUGGGAGAAAUCUAUACGGCAGAUGGGCUUCGAAAGAGUACCCCUACAUCUGGACCCAGAGUACCCCUACAUCUGGACUCAGAGUACCCCUACAUCUGGACCCAGAGUACCCCUACAUCUGGACUCAGAGUACCCCUACAUCUGGACCCAGAUUAACCCUACAUCUGGACUCAGAGUGCAUGCAGGGAACGGUAUCCGCGUGUUCCUCCCUGACACAGGGAUGUUUCUAGCAGGGCUGGCCUGCUGGCUGCUGUGUCGUAGUCUGUUUCAGAAGAGACCGCUAGAGGACAUGGCCCAGGACAACACUGACUACGAACCGGAGGAAGAGGAGGAAGAGGAGAAGUUGAGCCUUGAUGAGAACGUCCUGUUGGAUGAGGACUUUGAGGCUGGGUACGAGGCUGGAGAAGAAGAGGAGGAAGAGAUGGAGGAGGAAGAGGAAGAGGAGGAGGAGGAGAGCACCAAGAUGAAGAUUCUGCGUCACAUUGCGGGCGUGGCGUCCAAAGUGAAGGAGAUCAUUGGGAAUCUGAUAACCACCGCAGGAAAAGGGGUGGUUACUGUACUGUUAGGACUCACAGGUAUCAUGCUGCCCUCCCUGACACAUUCAGUCUACUUUUUCGUGUUCCUGUUCCUGUGUACGUGGUGGUCAUUCUGCCGGACCUUCGACACCCUCAUCUUCAGCUGUAUGUGUGUCCUCAUGGCCAUAUUCAGCGCUGGACACCUGGUCGUCCUCUACCUCUAUCAGUUCCAGUUCUUCCAAGAGAGCAUCCCUUCAGAGGACAGCUACAUCAGUCUGUUCGGCAUCUCAUCCAUCAUCCAGACUGACUGUUCCUCUACCUGGAGGUUGAUAGUUAACCCUGACCUGGCCUGGCACCACUUCCUGAACCCCAUCAUGCUGCUGCUGCUGUACUACACCCUGGCCACGCUCAUACGCCUCUGGCUCCAGGAACCCACAGAGGUAGGGAACAACAUAGAGACAGAACCCAUAGAGCUGCUUUCUACCCAGGAUGGCUACAGUACAUCUGAGGGGUUGGCUGCAAAGUCCAACGGGACGUCUUAUGACAUCUCCACCCUAAACUCGGGGGAGAAUAGACCGGUCUGUCUGGACCUGUACUCCACCCCACAGUAUAAAAUGGACCAAACCAAUAACAUCAAAGAGAAGAAGGAUGGAGGUGUGUACGAUGUCAGUCCAACCCUGGGAGGAGAGACUGCUGGGAUGGAGGAGGAGGAGAAGGAACAGGGGGAUGAGGAGGAAGAGGGGAAGGAGGGCAGAGUGAAUGCUGUUGUAACAGUGUUCAGGUUCAUUAUGAAGCAGAGCUAUAUCUGUGCUCUCAUAGCCAUGAUGGCGUGGAGCAUCACGUAUGUUAGCUGGCUGACGUUUGUGUUCCUGAUGUGGUCGUGUAUGUUGUGGAUGGUGAGGGAGCGUCGUCGCUACACCAUGCUAACCUCUCCCUUCAUGGUGCUGUAUGGGAACCUGCUGAUGGUGCUGCAGUACAUCUGGAGCUUUGAGCUUCUAAAGCCAGUACCUGGCCUCUUCCUCAAGAUGGACGUGCCCUUCAGCCAACUGGGUUCCAAGAUCCUGUGUCUGUUGAGCUUCUGGCUGCUGCUGAGACAGACUCUGACAGAGAGACAGGAGCAGCGGAGAGAGGAGGCUGUUGUACUCACUGAUGUACAUGUGGAUGACCAUAAAACAGGUCUUCAGGAUGAGGAGGGAGUGGAGCAGGACAUCAUGCAGGUUCUGGGGAACAUGGUGAUGGAGAUGCUGGUGAAAUACUGGAUCUAUAUCUGUGGAGGAAUGUUCUUCCUCGUCAGCUUCGAGGGACGCAUGGUCAUCUACAAGAUCAUCUACAUGAUGCUAUUCCUCUUCUGUGUGGCGCUCUAUCAGGUGCACUAUGAGUAUUGGAGGAGGAUCCUGAAGUACUUCUGGAUGUCUGUGGUGGUCUACACCAUGCUGGUCCUCAUCCUGGUCUACACCUUUCAGUUUGACACCUCCCCACCCUUCUGGUCUAACAUGACUGGAAUGAGCAAAGUGAAACUGGGGGACCUGGGGUUAGAGACGUUCUCUGUACCGAUGCUCUUCACACGUAUCUUCAUCCCCACCUCCUUCCUCCUAGUGUGUAUCCUCCAUCUUCACUACUUCCACGACCGCUUCCUCCUGCUCACUGACCUGAAGGCUGUGGCCCAAAAACAGGACAGCGCCAUCUACAGUCAUGCUAAAGUCAAUGGUCGUGUGUAUCUGAUCAUGAAUAGACUGGUACACCAGGAUGGAAGCCUGGCUGACAUCACCAUGCUCAGCAUCUCUUCUGGAGAAGGAGUGAUACGAGCGGAGGACAAGAAAGAGAAGAAGGAGGGAACCCUGGUGGUGGUGAUGGAGGAGAAGGAUGGAGGGAGGAAGCAGAAAGGAGGACUCCGUCAGUCUAUAGACCUGCAUCAGUCCUUCAACAAGUCAUUUGAGUCCCGUCAGUCGUUCGGAAAGUCUUUUGAGUCGCAUCAGUCGUUUGAGUCCAGUGCAGGGCCAGGGGAGAGUGGCCACUGCAGUGUGGGAACUGAGCCAGAGCCCUCCACAGAAAACACUACCUCAGAUCUAAAGAAUAAGUGGCACCUGGUGAUGGACCGUCUGACUGUGCUGUUCCUCAAGUUCCUGGAAUACUUCCACAAGCUGCAGCUCUUCAUCUGGUGGCUCCUGGAGAUACACAUCAUCAAGAUCGUCUCUUCAUACAUCAUAAUGGUCUCCGUUAAGGAGGUGACGUUGUUCAACUACGUGUUCGUGGCGUGCUGGGCCUUCGCUCUGCCCUUCAGUCAGUUCAGACCCCGGGCCUCCAGUAUCUGUACUGUCUGGACCUGUGUUGUCAUCGUCUGUAAGAUGUUGUACCAGCUGGAAUUUAUAGACCCUGCCUCUUACUCUAAGAACUGCUCCAUGCCGAUGAAUUACACAGAGAAACAGAGAGAAGAGAUGAAAGACUCUCUGCUGUACAAGGAGCCAGUAGACCCGUCCAACUGGGUCGGACUCAAGAAGUUCAACCCUAUGCUGGAGAACCUCAGGAACAACCUCCUGAUGUUGGCCAUGCUGGCGUUUCAGGUGACCGUCUACCGUCACCAGCAGUACUACCGGCUGAGGAACAAGCUCACCGCGCCCGCCGCUCGCAUCAUCUUCCAUGACAUCACGCGGCAACACCUCGACAACGGCAUCGUCAACUGUGCCAAGUACUUCAUCAACUACUUCUUCUACAAGUUCGGGCUGGAGACGUGCUUCCUACUGGCGGUGAAUGUGAUUGGCCAGCGUAUGGACUUCUAUGCUAUGCUGCAUGCCUUCUCUCUGAUAGCCGUGAUGUAUAGACGGAGGAGGAAAGCUAUAGCUGAGAUCUGGCCUAAAUACUGUUGUUUCCUGGCCUGUAUGCUAACCUGGCAGUACUUCCUGUGUAUCGGGAUACCUCCUGCAGCUUGCAAAGACUACCCAUGGCGGUUCCCUAACUCUGCAAUGGACUCCAACGUCAUCAAGUGGCUAUAUUUCCCUGACUUCCACACCAAACCCAACCCAAUCUUUCUUGUCUAUGACUUCAUGCUCCUCCUCUGCGCCUCACUCCAGAGGAGUAUAUUUGACGAGGAGAACAAGGCAGCUGUCCGUCUCAUGGCUGGAGACAACGUGGAGAUCUGUAGAGACCUAGAUGCAGCCUCCUUCAGCGUCCACAACCCUGUCCCUGACUUCAUACACUGCAGGUCCUACCUGGACAUGCUGAAGGUGAUCUUGUUUAGCUACCUGUUCUGGUUUGUCCUCACCAUCAUCUUCAUCACUGGCACCACACGUAUCAGCAUCUUCUGUUUGGGCUAUCUGGUGGGAUGUUUCUACUUCCUGCUGUUCGGCGGGGAGCUGCUGCUCAAGCCAAUCAAAAAGAUCCUCCACUACUGGGACUUCCUGAUCGCCUAUAAUGUGUUUGUCAUCACCAUGAAGAACAUCCUGUCUAUCCUGGCCUGUGGUUACAUCAAUGUCCUGGUAGUGAACAACUGUUGGCUGAUCCAGCUCCUCAGUCUGGCCUGCACCAUCAAGGAGUAUAACAACUGUAUUCUGCCCAGCGACGAGGCUGGGAUCAUCUGGGACAGUAUCUGUUUUGCCUUCCUGCUGUUGCAGAGACGUGUCUUCAUGAGUUACUACUUUCUACACGUGGUGGCUGACAUCAGGGCCUCCCAGAUACUGGCAUCCAGAGGGGCUGAGUUGUUCCAGGCUACUAUAGUGAAGGCAGUCAGAGCCAGAUUGGAGGAAGAGAACAAGUCUAUGGAACAGCUGAAGAGACAGAUGGAACGUAUAAAGCAGCGCCAGGAGAAGUUUAAGAGGGGGAAGAAAAAUAUGUUGAGGCUAGCUCAGGAGUCAGGAGACCGAGACAACCCCAUCCAGCCUCAGGAAGAGAAAGAGAAAAUGAAAGAGAAAGAAACAGCCAAGACUAAAAAAAGGCGGUGGUGGCGGCCUUGGGUUGACCACGCCUCCAUGGUGAGAAGUGGAGAUUAUUAUUUGUUUGAAACUGACAGUGAAGACGAGGAGGAAGAGGAGGAGAAAAGAGAGGAUGAAGAGCCGCCCAAGAAGUCUGCAUUUCAGCGAGCUAUUGGGAAGUUUGCCUCAGCCCUUAUAGCUCUGCCCAGAUCUAUCAUUAAACUGCCCCAAACCAUCCUUCAGUAUGUAAUCAGGGCAGCCAAGUUUGUCUACCAUGCGUGGAUAACAGACUCCAAGGCAGCCAUGAAGGAACGAAGCAAAGAGAAGCGUAAGUUCUGGAAGAGGUACACCAGGAGAGACAAACACAAGAAGGACAAGAAGGAAGGAGAGAUGGAGGAGGAUCAGGAUGGAGGACAGGAGAAGAAGUCUGACGGACCAGACAACAUCCUGAAGCGAGUGUUCAACAUCGUCAAGUUCACCUGGGUGUUGUUCCAGACCAUGGUGGAGAGCUUCACCAAGUGGAUGAACAACGUGUGUAGAGAGCACAUAGACAUCUCCACCGUGCUGCGCAUUGAGAGAUGCAUGCUCACUAGAGAGGUCAAAAAGGGUAACGUCCCGUCCAGAGAGAGUAUCCAUGUGUUCUACCAGAAGAAGAUGCGUAUGAACAUGUCUCGGGGGUCCAGUCUGGACCGGCUCAGUGAGGAGGACAGUGCGUCGGGGGGGUCUCACAGGGCCCACAGGGUGAGAGACGGCUAUCGCAUGGAGAGCCAGGACAGCAUGGCAUCUUUGGCAUCACGAGACAGCAUAUCCAGUGCCUACACUGAGGCCACCAUGCUGUUCUCCCGCCAAGACACGCUGGACGAGCUGGACGGAAUGCCGUCAGACGUUCCCAUUCCCAAAACCAGUGAACGUGCCCGGCCCAAACUCCGUAAGAUUUACGGCCUGGACGCCUCCAAAUCAACUGACAGCAGCAGCAGCCAAGUGUCCAGCGAGGCGACCCAGUGCAUCACUCUGUACUCCCGGCAGGGCACCAACGACACCAUCGAGGAGGUGGAGGACGAACAGGACCAGGGGGAAGACAGGCAGCACAGACCCUGGGGACACCCACCUCCGGAGGGGGCAGAGGGGGCCGAGGACAGCCCCUGGCGGGGUGGAGGAGAUGGCAGUGGUGGAGAGACCACAGAGGACCAGGGCCAGGGGGAUCCAUGGGGGUCUCCAGGCCCAGGGGAGGGCCCCUCCUUCAGGGUAGAGGAAGGAGCAUCGACCCUCCUGGCCCUCCGACCAGGGUCCCAGGACUGUAGCACUGACAGUGACGACGGGGGUGUCCAGGACCGGCAAGAAUACCUGAAUACAGAAGAGCGUGACCGGGCGGAGAAGCUGUACACCCCAGACACGGACGCUCCAAACACCUCGGACGCUGAUGUGCCUCCCAGCUACAGCAAGGCGGUGAGCUUCGACCGCCUGGACAUGAGUGAUGAUGAGAGCGACAGGGACGAUAAGAGGAUGAUGGUGAUGACACCUGACACCAGCCGGUCAGACUAUCUGGACGACCCCCGGCUGCCCUCACUGACCACUGAGCUGACCGCCAGCGAACUGCUGCUCAACAAGAUGUUCUAUGAUGAGGAGCUAGAGCGUUCAGACCGGUUCUACGUGGGCCAGCCACUGGCGUUCCAGUUGGUCUAUGCCCUGUACAACAUGCUGGUGGCCCACUCUGAGAUGGUGUGUUACCUGGUCAUCAUCCUCAACAACAUGCUGUCAGCCUCCUGCAUCACCCUGGUCCUCCCCAUCCUCAUCUUCCUCUGGGCCAUGCUGUCGGUGCCUAGACCCAGUAAGAGGUUCUGGAUGACCGCCAUCGUUUACACCGAGGUCACCAUCGUCAUCAAGUACUUCUUCCAGUUUGGCUUCUUUCCCUUCAACCAGAACCUAAUGGUGGAUGGGAAUAGACCCUAUCACCCUCCCAACAUCAUCGGAGUGGAGAAGAAAGAUGGAUACGUCGUCUAUGACCUCAUACAGCUUCUGGCGCUCUUCUUCCACAGGUCCAUCCUGAAGUGUCAUGGUCUCUGGGACGAAGACAACCUUAAGGACACCAAGAAGGAGAUUCUCCGGCGGGACACUGAGUCAGAGGAGGACGAGAGGAGGGAGAGGGAGGCCACUCCCGUCCCCUCCACCCCCCGCGAGAGGAAGGGCUCCACCCAGACCCUCAGGUCCAUAAACCUGGGCAUGGGCACCUCCAUGGACUCUGUGCAUUACCUCCAGCAACAGCAGCAGACCUACCAGAGAAGGAAGAGCUCCAGCGGAGGGUCUCAUAUCUCCCACCGCUCGAGCCACUCUCUACGCUCCAAGAGAGGCAGCACUAACUCCAGGAACAGUAGCCAUAGAGACGGGAGUGAGUCAGUGCAGCAGAAGACUAAGAAACAGCUGAUCAUGGAGAAACUCAGAGAACAGAUGAUCAAAGCCAAGACCUUCACUAUCAAGAGGACCAUGGAGGUCUACCUCCCUGUACGUCAGUUCUUCUACGACUUGGUCCAUCCAGAGUACAGCGCUGUGACAGACGUCUAUGUCCUCAUGUUCCUGGCCGACACCGUUGACUUCAUCAUCAUCGUCUUCGGCUUCUCCGCUUUUGGGAAACACUCGGCGGGAGCAGACAUCACGUCGUCCCUGUCGGAGGACCAGGUUCCCGGAGCCUUCCUGGUGAUGGUUCUGAUCCAGUUUGGGACAAUGGUGGUGGACCGGGCCCUGUACCUCAAGAAGACAGUGCUGGGGAAGGUCAUCUUCCAGGUGGUCCUGGUAUUCGGGAUACACUUCUGGAUGUUCUUCAUCCUGCCCGGACUCUCUGAGAGGCGUUUCAAUGAGAACACAGUGGCCAAGCUGUGGUACUUUAUCAAGUGUAUCUACUUUGGGCUGUCAGCCUAUCAGAUCCGCUGUGGCUACCCCACCAGAGUCCUGGGUAACUUCCUCACCAAGAGCUACAACUACGCCAACCUCUUCCUGUUUCAAGGGUUCCGUCUGAUCCCGUUCCUGACUGAGCUGCGUGCAGUGAUGGACUGGGUCUGGACCGACACCUCCCUGUCCUUAUCCUCCUGGAUCUGUGUGGAAGACAUCUACGCACACAUCUUCGUCCUCAAGUGCUGGAGGGAGUCAGAGAGGAGGUACCCCCAGCCGCGGGGCCAAGCUAAGAAGCCGGUGGUGAAGUAUGGGAUGGGAGGGAUGAUCGUCAUGCUUCUCAUCUGUAUCAUCUGGUUCCCUCUACUCUUCAUGUCUCUGGUCAAGUCUGUGGUGGGGGUGGUCAACAAACCACUGGACGUCUCCUUCUCCAUCACCCUGGCAGGGUUCCAGCCCAUCUUCACCAUGAGUGCUCAGCAGAACCAGCUCAAAGAAGUCUCCAGCCGUGACUUCCAUGGCACCUUUAUGAGGUCAUACCAGCUCUACCCUAAAGCGAUGCAGUGGUUGGAGUCCUACAUGCCAGAGGACCUGACCAUAGCUGAGUUGGAGGGCAGCUCUAACAGUCUGUGGACCAUCAGUCCUCCCAGUAGAACUAACAUCAUGGAGAUGCUCAACUCCAAGGAACAGUUCCCCAUCACUGUAGCUUGGUCUGUCCAGCGGAACCAGACUCUGGGAGCGAAGGCUGAGUUUGCUACGGGGAAGCAGGUGAUGUAUCUGGAUGUUAAGACCAAACUGGAGCUGAUCCAACUGCUCAAUGGGACCAGAAGAGAUGGAGUGGUGAUAAAACAUGUGUUCCCUCGGUAUAUCCGGGCCCCUACUGAUUCUGAGGCCAAACCCAUAGAACAGCUGUGUACCGAGAAAGUAUACAUCACUUUGGCGUUGGAGCGUUCCCAGAACGACUCAGCGGAGGUCCAGGAGUGGUGGAUCGUGAACCAGACAAUUCCGGGAAGGCUCAACGUUCGUAGCCCCAAGCACCUGUACGACGCUGGACUGGAGCUCUAUGUCUUCAGCGACCAGGUCAGCCCUCCUAGUCUGGGCUUCCUGGCUGGAUACGGGAUCAUGGGUCUUUAUGCCUCUGUGGUGCUCGUCAUCGGUAAGUUCGUCCGUGAGUUCUUCAGCGGUAUAUCCCACACCAUAAUGUUCGAGGAGCUGCCCAACGUGGACCGCAUCCUGAAGCUGUGUACCGACAUCUUCCUGGUCCGAGAGACGGGAGAGCUGGACCUGGAGGAAGACAUGUACGCCAAACUCAUCUUCCUCUAUCGCUCGCCUGAGACUAUGAUCAAAUGGACCAGGGAAAAGACUCAGUGAGCCUGGCUGUAAAGGCUAGAAGUUAUCCCUCAAUGUGGAUAGAAGUUGAAAAGUAUUAACCUCCGACUGGUCUGUGGAUACUUGACUAGCACUGGUCCCUGGGAUGUUGAAGUUACUGACAGACUCGACCAGUCCAGACAGACUCGACCAGUCCAGUUUGCUGACACUUUAGUCAGUUCUUAACUUUAGUAGUUUUUAUGUAAGCAGACCUCCAAGGAGGAAGGAAGGACCAAAGCUUGCCCGCCCCUGUUGCAUUUCAUUUCAGCAAGCCAUGACACCGAUCAUCUCAGAUUUUUUUUAAAUAGUAUCUGUAGUUAGAAAAAGAUAAUAUAAACUUUCCUGCAACAUUAUUUUGUUGAAAGACAAUUCGAAAUUAAGCUAAUUGAUUGCACACAAAUCGUCCAUUUCAAUUUAUAGGAGUCAUAUAAUAUUCAUUAAAUAUAAUACCAAACAUCCAAUUUGGACCAAACCACUUAUUUCUAUUUGUUUUGUCAUUCUUUUGUUGGGGGUUACAGGCACAACAUUCAUGUUAAUUUACACACCCAGUUUAUACCACAUGUACCCAUAGGCUGCUCAGACUAACAUCACCCCCAACUCCCCAUCCCAUUCCCCCCAGACCAACAUCAC